UAAAGGCAAUAUGGUGUGAAUUGAAUUCUUACAAGCACAGUCGACGAUACCUGCUUAUAUUCACUUGAUCCCUACACCCUACGCCACUAACCUCGAGUUAAGGUCUCUUCUACCAUUCGCUUCCAAAAGGCAUCGUAUUCUCGAGUCUCAACCACAAUGGGUCUACCUACAGUACAAAGCAAAAUAACAGAGAUUGAGGGCGACCUUUUCCAUGCUCCAGAUGGUGCAGCUCUAAUCCACGCCUGCAAUUGCCAAGGGUCUUGGGGCAAGGGCAUCGCAGAGGGUUUCAAAGACAAGUAUCCAGCUGCCUUUGCGAUCUACCGUUCUCAUUGCCAGAAUCUCCUGUCCAGCCCAAGGUACAGGCCUGAGCCUGCGGCGCAGAGCGAAGAGUCCCAUGCAAGAAGAUCUCGAGGCGUACGACUACCAGAGGGCACUGCAUUGAUCAUCCCUCCUCAGAAAAGAGACUCCGAGGCGAACGGCAAGAAACACUGGAUCAUUUGUUUAUUCACAUCCCGCGGCUUUGGGCGGGCCGUCAGUCCCCCGGACGUCGUCAUCAGGAAUACCGAGCUUGCUGUGACGGAUAUGAAGAGGCAGCUUGUGGAAUUACAGACGGGUCAGUCUUCUGAAGAAGGGUCGAUCGGGCAGUUGUGGUCUUGUCGGUUCAAUGCUGGUUUAUUUAGGGUUCCUUGGGAACGCUCGCGGAGGGUUUUGGAAGAUGCUGCGCUGGAGGUUACUGUGGUUCGGCCUCAUGGGGAAUGAUGGCUUUCUUGCUGAUAGGGCUUUUGUAUAGAGUGAGAUGAACGCAUUAUGUAUUUUGAAUAAGAGUGCACGCUGUCAGCAUCGCAUCGUGAAGCUAGAGUUGUACU